AUGGACGAGUCGAGCGUGCCCGAGUCCGUGGGCGUCUUCGAGGGCCCGGAGAAGACGCUCGAGGUCUGCUUCCUGCCCGGCGUCGGCCGGGAGCGCGGCUGCCGGGACCUAACAAGGGCGCAGCUCGACACUAUGCUUACGGAGGCGCGGUGCACGAUAUUGAGCCACAUCUCCAACGCCCACCUCGACGCCUACGUGCUCAGCGAGUCGUCGCUCUUCGUCUACCCCUUCAAGGUCGUCAUCAAGACCUGCGGGCGGACGACGCUGCUCCGGUGCGUGCGGCCCCUGGUGGACGCGGCGACCAAGGCCGCGGAGUUCGGCGGCCUGGGCCUGAAGCUCGAGUGGGUGGGCUACUCGCGGAAGAACUACGCCUUCCCCGACGAGCAGCCGAGCCCGCACACGUCCUUCGGGGAGGAGCUGGCGUACUUAAGAGCGCACCGCGACGGCUACGUGCUGGGCCCCAUCACGGGCGACCACUGGUUCGUCUACGUCGCGGACCAGUGCGAGCGGCCCGCGGCGUCGGCGACGGAGCGGACGAUCAACAUCAUGAUGUUCGACCUCGGCGAGGACGUCCGCGACGCCUUCUACCUCAAGCCCGGCGAGAAGGGCGACCUGCGGUCCGCGGCGCGCGCCAUGACGGCGCGGUCGGGCUUGGGGGCGUUGAUCCCGUCGUCGUCCCACCUCGACGACCACGCGUUCGCGCCGUGCGGCUAUUCGAUGAACGCGUUGUGCUUCGAGUCCUAUACCACGGUCCACGUGACGCCCGAGGCGUCGUGCUCCUACGCGUCCUUCGAGACGAACACGGCGUUGAAGGGCUACGCGUCCCUGGUGAAGAACGUCCUCGCCGUCUUCAAGCCGAAGAAAGUCGUGCUGACGCUCUUCGCCGACGAGGCGGGUUUGGCGGAGCUCCCGAAGCACGCGACGUUCGACGGGCUGCCCAAGCUGGACAUCAACCCGCUGGGCACGUACCACCGCAACGACCUGAGCCUGCUCCACGUCGAGCACGACUGCGUCUGCAUGAUGGCCAACUACUCGCUCCACGACAAGAACAGCCCGCACAAGCGGCGCGACUCGCCCUACCGCGACGUCGACCGCGCGGGCCACGUCGGCUCGCUCCAAUGA